AUGCGUGAAGCAUUUCUCAAAACUCCCACUACUUCUGCGGGGAAGAGUACCAACGAUGCAAAGUUUUCCCCAGAAGCACAACUUGAGUCACGGAGAAAAGCUGCUUCAAUGAACAGGUCAUGGCGUUUGAAAUCCUCCCUUGUUCCUUGGUGUAUCGCUUUGGCUGUUCUUUGCUUAGAAAUUUUUACUUUCGGGUCUAGCAUUGGGCUAUUCUUUCUCAGUGGCUGCGUUCCAUGUUCAUUAAUUAUCAUUUGUGAGCACAUGUUUCUGCUCUAUAUUGUUAGUGUCACUCUAUGGAUCCUCUAUCAACUCAUCAACGCGGAAUCAGCCCGUAUUACAAUUCCUGCUAAUUUUGGGAUGAUUUUACCGUCACCUUCUUCACAUCAAACGUCUAGAACAUUGAACACAUCGUAUGUUAUGGACACAUCAAAUCGUGCUGACACUUCUUGGGUGGAGGAUCACCACUUUGGGACAUUGUCGGAAGGACAUCAGAUUCAAAGAAAUCAAGGAUAUACUACGCCGAAUCGGAGUAUAUUGAACGAGUCUUCGCAUCUUUUGAAUCUGAGUUCUGGAAGUUUUGGUGACGUUUCUAUCCAUGGUUAUUCUUCAAACAUCGUGGUGCCACGAAACAGUCCUUACAACAAAUCACUCGAUAGCAUCCAUACAAGAGAACAAUUGGAACAUCUUCUAUCGAAGGAUGCAUCGACUUUUCUGGACUCUUCUUCAACGCGAAGUGGUUCUUUUACAUACUUCAACGUCCUGGAUAUUGGAGCGCCUGAAGACAGAAGAGUGUAUCAGGUGUCGGAACAAUUAAAAGCAGCGGAUUUAAAGGAGAAUAUUGUUGUGAAAAUGGGACCAGGAAGUCGCGUAAUCCUGUCUCCAGCAAGUAGUGAGGGUGAUGGCCAAGAUGAGAUGACUAGACUGAGGUACACCUUGCAACAUGCAAGACAUAGUCCUAGGAAGGGCUCGGGUAUUCUCCUUCGACGUAGUGAAUCAAUCGAAAGACGUCGACGAAGCAUGAGUAUGUCAUCACCAGAGCGGCAAAUGGCAUCUGCAGGUUCAGGUUCCCUCCCGGUAACUACUGAAAUUGAUGCGAAGAGCUCAUCCCUGAGAGAAGCAGAUCUUGUUCGCGGGGAACAACGGCUCCGAGCCUGGAUUGUGAAUACUAUUCUUGACCCUCUGGAUAAACGUAUAAAGGAGACGAAUACCAAAUUGGAGAAAGAACACUCUAGUCCUCCAUUAAAAAUCGGGGUGUCAUCAGUAGACAUACUCCAGUCUGCUAUGACUAGUCGCCCAGAGCUUCUGGAUACGAUGCUUCCUUACAUUCUACCGUUUCUUUCUGUUCAUAGUAAUCAAGCCUAUCUGGUUGGACGAAUCUCAGAGCUGGCUGCCGACAAAUUCAUGAUGGAUUACAGUUGGAAUACUGGCGGGCGAGAGCCGAUUCAAGAGAAAGUUUCUCUUGGCCGAGCAGUUCGUAGACCGUGGAAUGAUCAAUUACCCACCGAUGCUAUGCUCGUAUUCUCCCUUUUCUCAGCUUAUAUGGACGGCCAGUUGACGUCAAACCCACUGGUGGGGUCGUGUAGGUUAGCGCAGCCAUUUUCUGCAUUGUACACUUUGAAAACCCCGCAAAGACCGACCGCUGUUCAUUUAGCUGCAGAGAGUUUCUACUUGCAUAUGAGCAACAUUUCCCCUCCCCAUUUUGACUUUGUCUUCAAUGACGCCGAUGGCUCGCCUUCGCGUGCCGCAAUUCCUAGAGGGGCCAGGAAUUUGUUCUCAGCCAUCCUGUCGUUCGUCAACCAUGCUAAGGUCAAUAAUGGAGGCCGUCUUGACCGAAUGAGCAUUGGACCCACGGGUUUAAAUAUCGCGUGUAUUUUAGAGUAA